AUGCCUUACAACACGCGACGCAAAUCGCUCUCCUUGCCCAGCUUGGGCAUUCACAUCCCCGUCACGCACGCCGCUCGUGCCGCCGCAGCAAAGGGCGCUGGUCGCCUUUCCUCCUCGUCGUCCACAUCAGAUACCCGCUCCCAGUCGCCCGACUCGCAUCCUAGCAAGCGCUUGAAAAAGUCUCACGAUGUCGCCGCCGCCGUCGCCGAGGCCCUGGUCGAGCACACGCCACCGCCGUCACCUACUCCUGCGACCAGUAUCGAGAUGUCAGACGUCGACGAGAAGCCCAAGAUCGAUCUCCAAAGUAUCAACGACGACAUCGUCGAGGCGUCGGUGAUGCAACUGCAGUCGACGGCAAACCGCCCUCAUCUGAUCAAGGAGCUAGCGACUGUCCUGUCACAGAAGUUGGUAUCCGUCCAACAGUCCGCAAACCCGUGUGCCAUCAUCUCCUCCCGUCUCACCUCCUUCAUGAAGCGCCCCUGCUGGUCUACCCUGAACCCCUGUCCGCUGGCCAAGGAGCUUGAGACUGUUCAUCCUCGGCGAACGUACUUUUUCUUGACAACCUGCCCGCGGCCGGCGCUGCCUGAUCCCAACGCCACCCAGGCGCCACCGUCGGCCAUCGUCACACCGUCUGUGUCACUCACUGAUGACUCUGGCUCUGAUGAUGUUGAUGCGCGACGAAGAGACUUGAGCCCUUCGCCCGAAGUCGACUUGUCAUCUCCCGAGUUCGACGAUGCGGACGAGGAUUCCGCCAUGCCCAUCACGCCUAUCGGUUCCUUCAAGGCUCGCCACUUGAAACAUUCAAGAGACAUGCGCCACGACUCGCCCCCCUUGGAAAAGGACGAGCGCGAGUUCACUCAGACCGCAGACGUGCUCCAAAAGCGCAAGCUGAAUGACUCGCCGCCAGCCCCAGACACGGUGGAGCGGAACUCCGGAAUGGAGUAUGGCUAUCGCGACGACAUUUGGUUUGGCGACAGCCGCCUGAAUGCAGCGGCUACGUUUCUUACCAGCCCAGCCAUGAGACCUAGCCUGCCGUCGAGCAUGCGCAAGGAUGACGAGGCCGACCCGUGGCUCAAGAUCAACGAAAUGUUCCAGUGGGACAAGGGAGCCGAGAGCAUCGAGAUCGAGGAACUCGACUGUUUACUGGAAGGUUGCUAA